AUGCGGCACCCGCCCACCACUUGUGACCUCACCGGACCAGGGCUUGCUAUCCUGAAAAGCGGGCCAGCCAAAGCCACUUGGGCUGAGCUGGCCUUCGGGAGAGAAUUGCUGAGGCUCUGGAGAAUGGCUUUGCACUUCUGCAAAGUCAUCCCAUAUGCCAUACCUGGAGCGCUGGCACUUCUUGGCUGCUGGUGGAUCUAUUCCCAGAGAAAAAAGCUUGCAAGCUGUUCUGACCAACAAGAAAUAGCCGAUGAAGAAGAGCAGCAGGAAGAAGUGCCAGAGAAAGAUUCAACACCCGCCACAGAAGCAUGUGCUCCAGCGAGAGAGGCAGUCGUCGAGGAAGAGGAAUGCCCUGAGAAGGAAACCUCGACCUCCCUGCCGUCAGCAGUGUCGACGACACCCUCUCUUCUGUGCCAAACUCCUGAGAGGCUAGAUCUCUCUCAGGACCUUCCAGAGCUGUCGGUAACACCACCUCCGACCAGCACCCUUGAAGCUGACAGUGAGAAACCAGAAACACCGGGAUCUCAAGAUGAAAGCAGUGGCCCUGCUUGUGUCUCUCCCGCUCCGAUCUCGGAGUGUCACGGCAGUGCUGCAGUGAGCCUUCCACAGGAUUCAGGCUCCAGUGCCGACCAAGAUCAGUGUGCAGUCAUUGCCGAGGGAAUGGCUGCACCACAAGGGAUGCUCUUCCCCCCGGAGAAGAUUUGCAUGGAGUGGCAGCAACGACAGGGAGCUGGAGCGGGACUCCCCAACCUGGGCAAUACGUGCUUCCUCAACGCUGUCCUGCAGUGCCUGACGUACACACCCCCUCUGGCCAACUACCUGCUCUCUGGGGAGCACAGCCGGGCGUGUCAUCAGGAAGGCUUCUGCAUGAUGUGUGUAAUGGAAGCGCAUGUUAACAAGGUCCUGCAUUCCUCAGGCUCUACCAUCGAGCCUAGGGCUAUCAUCAGUGUCCUCACACGAAUAGGAGAACAUUUCCAGCUUGGCAUGCAGGAAGACGCCCACGAGUUCUUACGCUCCACUGUCGAUGCCAUGCAGAGAGCUUGUCUGAGUGGAAGCAGCGACUUGGACUUCUCUUUGCAAGAAACUACCAUCGUCCAUCAAAUAUUUGGGGGCUCUCUGAGAUCCAGAGUCACGUGCUUGAGCUGCAGAGCGGUUUCUGAUUCCUAUGAGGCCUUCCUGGAUGUCCCGUUGGAUAUAAAAGCAGCCUCCUCUGUCACCGCAGCUCUGGAGGACUUUGUGAAACCCGAGCAGCUGGAUGGCGAAAACUGCUUUCAGUGCAGCCAGUGUGACAAGAGGGUUGCCGCCUCCAAGGGGUUUACAAUCCAUGGCGCGCCCAAGGUUCUCACGCUGUGUCUGAAAAGGUUCCAAGAUGUCACCGGCCGGAAGAUCAGCAAGGUUGUGGACUAUCCCGAGUGCUUGGAUCUGCAGCCAUACAUGUCUCAGACAGCUGGAGAACCGCUGCUCUACUCCUUGUAUGCCGUCCUGGUGCAUAGCGGUGGCAGCUGUCACGUCGGACACUAUUUCUGCUACGCAAAGGCCAGCAAUGGGCUGUGGUACGAGAUGGACGACAAGUCUGUGGAUCCUUGUGGCAUCGACACAGUUCUCAGGCAGCAAGCCUAUUUGCUCUUCUAUGUCAGGUAA